GCGAGCAAGUAGAGAAUCGAUUUGAAGCGUACAGGUUUUGAAUGCAAAGUUUAGUUUGCUGAGUAGAGAUCAACCCCUGGGUGAAUAAGAGCAUGAACACGCGAACUCGGGUUAUAUUGUGCUCGGUUGGUCUUUUGCGUCGGCGGCCUCGAAAGAUCUUUCCUUUUUGCCGAGAGCAAGAUCGCGAGAGCUGAAAACACGAGGAUUUACACGUGUACAUAAGCGUGGUGGAGCUUUUACAUUAGGUACAGUAGAGAGUGUAGAGUAUAAAGAAGAAGUUAAGAGAAACUGAGGCUGAGUAUGAGGCUGAGGCUGAGGCUGAGAGAAUUUGCGGAUAUUGGAUUAAUUAUGUCGGUACCGGGACCAGCAUCAAAAACUAAUGAUGAACCAGAUUCACAUCCCGAGGACGGUGCUACAUUUGGUCAAAUUGUUCGCUAUGUAAUGAAGCAAAUGAGAUACUCUGAAGACAUAGCCGUGAAUGCAGUGCUCGAGGUGCUUAAUGCCGGUAUUGCGGUGAAGAAGAUCAUUAAAACAGAACGACGUAAAUACGUACUUGCAGAUAAUAGUAAACCUGCCCACAUAAAUUACAAAAUACGAGAUCCGCGAUUCAGCGAGGACAGCAGUGACUUUAGUGAAUUCAGCGAUGAUUGACACGGCUAUUAUACAAAUUAAACGUCUUCUAAAUGCUUAAAACUAUUUAUUAUAAAACGAAAUGAAAUAAAAUAAAUUUAUGUAUCACGAAUCAUGA